AUGUCGACAACGACUCAACCGGGCAUGUUCCAAUGUGGUUCAUGCAAGAAGAAUUACAAGCGUCUUGAUCAUCUAGCGCGUCACGUGCGCUCUCAUACACAGACCAAGCCUUACAAGUGCCACGUCUGCCCAAAAGCCUUCACAAGACCGGAUCUCCUCAAGAGACAUGUCUCUGGCCACGGCUCCCAAGCUGGGGAAGGUUCAGUGUCUGAUCAACCCCGGUUCAUGCCAGGAAGGGUAGGCAAGGCUUGCAAAGCGUGUUCAUCGAAUCAUUUGCGCUGUAGUGAUGAGAAGCCUUGUCGGAGGUGCCAAGAGAAGGGCAUUGAGUGCAAGUGGAAUGAGCCAAUGGAGAUGGAUGCAGACUAUGCCUCGCCUGAGGAUCGGCAGGAUGAGUCUAUGUUUUCGCAAGACAAUGGAUCUUCCAUGGCCGCCUUUACAGACCAAACCAGCAUUGGUUCGACGUCUGGGUCGUCGGUGAUGGGCCAGCCGUCUUUGGAUAUCCUGACGCCUCAAACGACGCAAAAUCUUUUCCAGAAUCUUGAUCCAUCCUUGAAUCCAGCGGCAGACCCUCUAUCCUUCCAAUUCCCCGAUCUCAAUCUGCUUUCUGGCGGCUGGGCCACCAACACCAAUGAUGUUGAGAUGUUUUCCUAUAAUGAACUUGACGACAUUGACCUACGAUUCCUCGACUCAUAUAACACGACCAUACCAUUCGAGAUACGGAGUAUCCAACCAACACCACGAGGAGCUCAGACACCGCGCGCUGCAUCACAUACCGACCCCGGUGAGCCAGCUGCCAUGUGUACUGAAGCCUUCCAGAAUUCACACUGGAAGUUUAGACCCAACGCAAAAGACCACGCGGGUGCUGAAGAACACAACCUUUCCCUUCCUGCUACCGACUCUGCCUAUCCUUCUCCCGAAUCUGGUGUUGCUCUAGAUCUCAAUACACGGGUUACUUGCGCCAAGCUGGAGGGGCCUGCAAGAGACAGGAUCUUGAUGAUGGUUGUGAGCAGUUGUCGGUCAGAUCAUCUGUCCAAAGCAGUGGCUUCAUUUCCUUCUGCUGAGUUACUGGAUACUCUUCUUCAGUUCUACUUGACCUCCUCUGUCACCCACGCAACGGCCUUUAUUCAUGCAGCUUCUUUCAACCCUAACGAAAAGAGGCCUGAGCUGGUUGCUGCCAUGGCCGCUUGCGGUGCAGUCUUGACUUCCGACCCAGCUCUGUCAAAGCUUGGCUAUGCUAUACAGGAGUGCCUCAGGGUUGCUGUGGCCAAACAUUGGGAACGCGACAACACGCUCGUCCGAGAUCUCCAACUCACUCAAGCUUUUCUCAUCAUCCUGGAAAUGGGCAUCUGGAGCGGUCUGCCCAGAAAGGUCGAAAUCGCAGAAAGCUUCUUCAAUCCCGUGUUGACCAUGAUGCGUCGCGAUGGAAAAUUCAAAAGGUCCGCAUACUCCGAUCACAAAGUCACAACCCGUGCUUCACGCCAAGAUUGGCUGGAUUGGAUAGAGCACGAGUCAUUCAAACGACUUGCCCUACGAAUGCUCUCUCACGACGCAAAUUCUUCUAUGGCACUGAUGGUCGGUCCGUUGGUUUCAUACGCCGAGGUUUUGCUGCCCUUGCCAGGAAACGCAGAAUUAUGGACUGCUUCAUCUCCAGAGCAAUGGAGUUCCUUGAUGGCUUCACGCGUGGAAAGCGAACCACUCUACGUCGCCGAUGUCAUCGAUGACCCUGACAUUUUGAACAACUAUGCGGGCUCGGUAGAUGCUUACGCCGCGAUCCUAGCUGUCCUUGCGUGCACGUGGACCAUGUGUUGGGAAUACCUCCAAAUUGCCUCUCUACAACGAUCGAGACCACGACGCUGGAACACCCUGGUGACAGAGAUGCGCAAAGACGAGUUACUCAAGCUGCUUGGCCAUUUGAAACUUAGUUUGUCAGCUGAUGCCGCCGCAGACCCCGAGAUCAAGAUGCGUCUUGAGCUUGCCUUGUUGCAUCUACAAAUGCCAUUCGAAGAUAUCCAAAUAUUCGCUGGUAUGGAAGGUACAGAACGCGCCCGCGCAGUAUACCCCAUGGUUCGAGACUGGGCCAAAAGUGAAGCUGCUCGACACACAAUCUACCAUGCGGCUCAAAUUGUGCAAAUCGCCAAAGAUUCUCCCCGAGGUUCGAUGCGUGGGCCCAUGGCGAUAAUCCUCUACCACGCCAGCUUGGCCUUUUGGGUCUACGGCCUCUUGUCCGACCAGUCUCGUGCACUAAGCCAAAACGUGUACCUUGAUGACCCUGAUAGCAUUGCACUACAAAGAUUCAAGGGAUUCGGACAGGGACAGCCGUGCAUUAGAUGGCAUUCAGAAAUCCAAGGUCAAGGAGAGAUUAUGAUGAGCGUGUCGUUGAGUCAACCCGACAAAGUCAUGGAGGCUGUGAUGGGGGUUGUGAGGAGGAACUUUGCGGGGUUGCCGACACCGCAUCUUACGGAGAAGUUGGUGCAGCUUAUGGGGGAGUUGGAGAAUUCUGCAAAGAGAAAGAUGGACACUUGA